AUGUUUAAGCGAGAAUUUGAAACUCCACCUGUAGAGUCAGGUUUCCCGACAUCUUCAAUUGAUGCAUCACGACUCAUUUUCAGCUCAUUGCCACUUACUUGCACAGAAAGAAUUGCAAUCCCCGUUGGAAUCAUUCCAAAUCUCGAUAGCAAAUUUGAAAAGGUGGCCAGAGGCUUCUCAAUCAUUAUAUGUUAUUUCAUCUUCAUAUCAAUGCAUGAAUUGAACUCGAAGGCAUUGAAUCGAGUCCGUCCUAACUAUCAAAUUCCAAUUUACGCAGAACGAUCUGCACAGACUUUCAAACGACGUCAAGAUCGAUAG